AUGAGGCAGCUCUGGGUGCUGAAGGACGUGGGCUUCGAGCCUCAAGGCAAAGUGGCCUUGAAGAUUUGGAAGGAGGAGGAGCGAAGGGUCAAAGCAUCACCUGUGUCCCUGGCCGUCGGGCCCCAGUACUCAUCCCUGGGCACUCAGCCCAUCCUGUGUGCCAGCAUCCCCGGCCUGGUCCCCAAGCAGCUGCGCUUCUGCCGAAACUACGUGGAGAUCAUGCCCAGUGUGGCUGAGGGCAUCAAGAUCAGCAUCCAGGAGUGCCAGCAUCAGUUCCGCGGGCGCCGCUGGAACUGUACCACCGUCAACAACAGCCUGGCCAUCUUCGGCCCUGUGCUGGACAAAGCCACCCGGGAGUCCGCCUUUGUGCACGCCAUUGCCUCUGCCGGCGUGGCCUUCGCCGUGACACGCUCGUGUGCCGAGGGCUCCGCGGCUAUCUGUGGCUGCAGCAGCCGCCACCAGGGCUCCCCGGGCGAGGGCUGGAAGUGGGGUGGCUGCAGUGAGGACAUCGAGUUUGGCGGCAUGGUGUCUCGAGAGUUUGCAGAUGCGCGGGAGAACCGGCCAGACGCCCGCUCCGCGAUGAACCGCCACAACAAUGAGGCCGGUCGCCAGGCCAUCGCCAGCCACAUGCAUCUCAAGUGCAAGUGCCACGGGCUGUCGGGCAGCUGCGAGGUGAAGACGUGCUGGUGGUCGCAGCCCGACUUCCGCGCCAUCGGCGACUUGCUCAAGGACAAGUACGACAGCGCCUCGGAGAUGGUGGUGGAGAAGCACCGCGAGUCGCGCGGCUGGGUGGAGACCCUGCGGCCGCGCUACACCUACUUCAAGGUGCCCACGGAGCGCGACCUGGUGUACUACGAGGCCUCGCCCAAUUUCUGCGAGCCCAACGCCGAGACCGGCUCGUUCGGCACCCGCGACCGCACGUGCAACGUGAGUUCGCACGGCAUCGACGGCUGCGACCUGCUGUGCUGUGGCCGCGGCCACAACGCGCGCACCGAGCGGCGCCGCGAGAAGUGCCACUGCGUCUUCCACUGGUGCUGCUACGUGAGCUGUCAAGAGUGCGCGCGCGUCUACGACGUGCACACCUGCAAGUAGCGCCAGCGGCCGCGGGCCGGGCCGGGGCUCCUCCCUGGACGGGGGCGGGGCUCCUUCCUG